UACGUGUCUCCACCAAUCACAUUACAGCAAAAAAAAAACGCUCGUCUUCGUCUUCCUCUAUCACUUCAAAGUUCAAAGACGGGACCGCGACAAGAAUCAGGUGAUCGAAACUCACGAAGGAGAAACCGUAAAGAUGCAUUCUUUUGGUUACAGAGCAAACGCUCUGCUCGCAUUCUCCGUCACGGCACUCGCGUUCAUCUGCGCAAUUGCGUCUCUCUCGGACAAUUUCAGCAACCAGAACCCGUCUGCCGAGAUCCAGAUACUUAACAUCAAUCGGUUUAAGAAGCAAUCAUAUGAAAACGAUGAGGUGAGCUUGACAUUGGACAUAACGGCAGACUUGGAGUCCCUGUUUACUUGGAACACUAAACAGGUUUUCGCUUUCGUGGCAGCGGAAUACGAAACCCCAAAGAACUCCCUGAAUCAGGUUUCUCUAUGGGAUGCGAUUAUCCCUGAUAAGGAACAUGCCAAGUUCCGGAUUCAAACCUCUAACAAGUACCGUUUCAUUGAUCAGGGACAUAAUCUUCGCGGAAAAGAGUUCAACUUGACGUUACACUGGCAUGUCAUGCCCAAGACCGGCAAGAUGUUUGCUGACAAGAUUGUCAUGCCUGGUUACAGUUUGCCAGAUGCAUAUAAAUGAUGAAGAUUGAAGAUAACUUCUAAGAGUUUUUUUUGUAUUUCGUUUUUUUUUUCUUUUCAUGGUAAAGAUUCAGUCUUUUUCUUUUAUUCUGUGAACUAGAAAACUAAUUUUAAAGGUACUAUUGAUCUCAACCUAGUUCUUCUGAUU